CGCCGCGGCGGCUGCUGCUGCCGCUGCUGUGCCGGGACACAAUGGGCGGCGGCGACGGGGCGGCGGAAGGCCGCUGAGGAGCCCCGCGGUCAUGGCCACCGCGGCCGAGCUGUUCGAGGAGCCUUUUGUGGCAGAUGAAUACAUUGAACGGCUGGCAUGGAGGACACCUGGAGGAGGUUCCAGAGGUGGAGAAGCUUUCGAUCCAAAAAGAUUAUUGGAAGAAUUUGUGAAUCACAUCCAAGAAUUACAGGUAAUGGAUGAGAGGAUUCAAAGAAAGGUGGAGAAACUAGAACAGCAGUGCCAGAAAGAAGCCAAGGAAUUUGCCAAGAAGGUACAAGAGCUGCAGAAGAGCAACCAGGUUGCCUUCCAACACUUCCAAGAACUAGAUGAGCACAUCAGCUAUGUAGCAACUAAGGUCUGUCACCUUGGCGACCAACUGGAGGGGGUAAACACGCCGCGGCAACGGGCUGUGGAGGCUCAGAAGCUGAUGAAAUACUUUAAUGAGUUUCUGGAUGGAGAGCUGAAGUCUGAUGUUUUUACAAACUCUGAAAAGAUUAAAGAGGCAGCUGAUAUUAUUCAGAAACUGCAUUUGAUUGCUCAGGAACUGCCUUUUGACAGGUUUUCUGAAGUAAAAUCAAAGAUAGCAAGUAAGUACCAUGACUUAGAGUGCCAGCUAAUUCAGGAGUUUACCAGUGCACAGCGGAGAGGUGAAAUAUCCAGAAUGAGAGAAGUAGCAGCUGUCCUGCUUCAUUUUAAGGGCUAUUCCCAUUGUGUUGAUGUGUACAUAAAACAGUGUCAAGAGGGUGCAUUCCUGAGGAAUGAUGUGUUUGAAGAUGCAGCCAUUCUCUGCCAGCGAGUGAAUAAGCAAGUUGGAGAAGUCUUCAGCAAUCCAGAGACUGUGCUAGCCAAACUCAUCCAAAACAUCUUUGAAGUUAAACUUCAGAGUUAUGUAAAGGACCAGCUGGAAGAACACAGGAAAUCGGAUGCAGAGCAGUAUCUUAAGAAUCUUUAUGAUCUAUAUACAAGAACUACUAAUCUUUCAAGCAAAUUGAUGGAAUUUAACUUGGGUACUGAUAAGCAGACUUUCUUGUCUAAGCUUAUCAAAUCCAUUUUCAUUUCCUACUUGGAGAAUUACAUUGAGGUGGAAAUUGGUUAUUUGAAAAGUAGGAGCGCUAUGAUUCUGCAACGUUAUUAUGAUUCCAAAAACCACCAGAAGAGGUCUAUUGGCACUGGAGGGAUCCAGAUCCACAAAAGGACUGAAGCAAAAUUAAGUAUUCAAGACCUCAAGGAAAGGAUAAGGCAACGUACCAACUUGCCACUGGGGCCGAGCAUUGACACCCAUGGAGAAACUUUUCUCUCACAAGAAGUGGUGGUGAACCUUUUGCAGGAAACCAAGCAAGCUUUUGAGAGAUGUCACAGACUCUCUGAUCCGUCUGACUUACCGAAGAACGCUUUCAGAAUUUUUUCUAUGCUUGUAGAGUUCUUAUGCACUGAACACAUUGAUUAUGCAUUAGAAACAGGCCUUGCUGGCAUUCCCUCUUCUGAUUCAAAGAACGCGAAUCUUUAUUUCCUGGAUGUUGUCCACCAGGCCAAUACUAUUUUCCAUUUGUUUGACAAACAGUUCAAUGAUCAUCUGAUGCCAUUAAUCAGUUCGUCUCCUAAGUUAUCCGAAUGCCUUCAGAAGAAAAAGGAUAUCAUAGAACAGAUGGAGGUGAAGCUGGAUAUGGGCAUUGAUCGGACUUUGAAUUGUAUGAUUGGACAGAUGAAGCACAUCUUGGCUGCAGAGCAGAAAAAGACAGAUUUUAAACCAGAAGAUGAAAACAACGUUUUGAUUCAAUAUACUAAUGCUUGUGUUAAAGUCUGCAGCUACGUUAGAAAGCAGGUGGAAAAGAUUAGGAAAUCUAUGGAUGGCAAGAACGUGGACACAGUUUUGAUGGAGCUUGGAGUUCGUUUCCAUCGACUCAUCUAUGAACACCUGCAGCAAUACUCCUACAGCUGCAUGGGUGGCAUGUUGGCUAUUUGUGAUGUGGCUGAAUAUAGAAAGUGUGCCAAAGACUUCAAGAUUGCUCUGGUGUUGCAGCUCUUUGAUACUUUGCAUGCACUUUGCAAUCUUCUGGUUGUAGCCCCGGAUAACUUAAAGCAAGUUUGCUCAGGUGAACAACUUGCUAAUCUGGACAAGAACAUCCUUCACUCCUUUGUUCAGCUGCGUGUUGAUUAUAGGUCUGCACGUCUUGCUCGUCACUUCAGCUGAGAGCACAGGAGGAAAUGUACCUAUGGGCAGGCCUCAGAAAGCACAGGGAAUGUUUUCUUACCAAACCACAGCUGUAACUUUUGUGGAAUAAUGACUGUUCAGAAUAAAACAGCCAUAUUUAGACGUGACAAUGUAGAAUGCUAGCAAGUGAAAAUCUGAAUGAUACGUAAGCUAAAGUUCUCCCACUGAUGAAUUUUAGCACGACUACUUGCUACUGAUUUAUUUUUUUUUUUAAUUGGGUGUGUUGGUGUGGGGAAGCAAGUGGUCCAUGGGAAGUAUCUUAGUCUUCAGUAUUGAAUCAUCAGAUACCAUUUGUUAGAGUUUGAACUACAGAGCAUAGCGUAGGUAAUGGAUUACAUAGAAUAGACCAGUGUAACAACAUUCUUCAUCAAUUUUAAUGACUUAGACUUCAGCACAGCUAAUCAUAAUCAAAUUAUCUUUGAUUGGUGUUUCUAAGUCAUUUCUUUCAUUUAAAACGUUAUCCUGCCCAAUGUAAUUUCUUGCUCUAAUUAAUUAGUUGGGAAUUUCUUUGAGAUAUAGAAGUAAAAGGAACAGUAUCCCACAAAGAUGUAAUUUAUUCAUUGUGUAGCAUUCUAAACAUAACUAACGUGGUGGAAAGAUUUUAUUUUUUUGGUUCUUUGGUUUUGGGUUGGUUUUUUUUUUUUUUCACCUAACAGUCAAGGGCCCACUGAAAAAUAUUGGUAUUGUAUGACCUGACAUUCUUGUUUCUCUCUGCUUGAUAUUGGAACACUGAAUUUGAUAGAUGCUCCUGAAGUGCAGCUGCCUUGUCUGGGCUUUGUUACUACAAGGUGAAGGUGCCUGUGGUUGGAUUAAUACAAUUUUUUCCUGUCUCUCAUUUUAUAUAUAAAUAAAUUGAGAUUCUAACAAGUGAAAGGAUAAAAAUGUAGCCCAAGUGUUCAUUUAUCUACAGGAGGAAUGGACUGCAGCUCUAGCAAAAUCCGAAAGGUGAAAUGUACUGUGCUGAUGAUAAUUGAUCCUUGGUGCCUGAGCAAUAUGAAAUGCUGAAGUGUGCAAAAGUUUCUCUCCCCCUGCUCGUAAUUUUAAUAUUGGAGACAGACUACUUCUGCAUCAGUUCUACUACAGCAUUUAUUCAAGGUGCUUCUGAGAUGGACCACAUUGUGUGCCAAGAGAGAGUUGAAGCACUGGUGGUUUGAAACAUCUAGGGUAGCUUUUCCUCAAGCAGUUGAAAAUUGUUGUAAAUAGACCUUUGUUCAGAACAGACUCAUGGAAAACAGGUUGGGACUGCUGUGGACUGUCUUCAAUCUGACUCACAUCGUCUCCAAACAGAUCAUCUGUAACACUUUUAUUUCUACUGCGGGCUCAGCGUGCAUUAUGAAAACCUUUCUCUCCCAUCUUCAGAGCAGCAAUCCUAUAGAUUUGCUUUAAGGGUUGGUCAAAUCAAAUUAUUUUUGUUAAUGGCUUCCCAGGUGUAGUCAAUAUUGACAGACUCGUGCGGAACUCUUCUUGGUUAGUUGAGGUUCUUCUGCUUCAUUUUCCAUUUAGCAGAGCACUCUAUCAGUAAACAAGAGCUUGGAUGCCAGGCUUUCUCAAAGUGUUCUGGGAGCCUGGCUGCUUUGUUGAGCUGCAGAGCUCUAUUCCUUGGCCAUGGCAAAGCCACAAAGAGUUUGGGAUGCUGGAGGAGGCCCAUGCUUGUACUGCUGCCAUUUGUUUUUUUUUCCUAAAGCUCUGAUGUGAAUUCAGAUGAUACCUCUCUGUUACCUCUGUAACUGAAAGCCAACAAUUUUAAGGCUGUGGUUUUAUUAACCAAUACAAAAUCUUUCUACAAACAAAAAAAAAAGUGUCAAUUUGUAAUAAAAAAAACUUCAGAACAGUGAACAUCACUUUGAGAUCACAGAUCACAGAAGUGCUUCAGAAUUUGUUGUAUGGUUGUUUGGACUUAUUUUAAGGUUGUAUGAAAUGUGUAUUUACCAUAUUUCUUGCUUUAUUAGCUGUGUUUCCCAUGAAUGUGCUCAGUGCAAUAUUUCAUUAUGCCUGUUAACAGGAGGCAACAAAAAGUAGGUGAAUACUAGAACAUACAUAUGUAAACUCUUCCUCAAUAAAAAGAAUUUCCUCCAGAUAA